CACCCCUCCUACCUGUCCUCCAUAAUCUCUUUUUAUAUCAUCUCUCCAUCUCACUCUAAUCCUCCUGUGAUCUGUUUUUCCACCUCACUCCCUUCACUUAUUCCCUUUUUUUUCCCCCUCUUCGUUCCAUCCCUCCUUCUCCUGCAUGCCUCCAUCUGUUUUCAUAUCCCCUCAGGUGAACCACAACCACAGCGCUGAGCCGGGAUCAGAGCGGCUCUGUGAUCCGGAUGGGUUUCAGCCUCAGGGUUUGGACAUGAAUUCUGGUCACUCAGACACGCAAGAACACACACACUGUGACCCGCCGCACACAUCCCAAAUGACUCGGCAUGAUUCAGAACAAACAGGGUCAAAGGGUCAUGGACCAAGCAGCCCCUACACUGAGGUAGACCUGGUUUCAAGAAUGAUGAAGAACAAGCUCGUACAGCCAACUGGAAUUCAAAACCACUCAGCCAUACCCACAAGGAGAGGAGAAAUAUCAGCAAACAAACUAGGAACAUCUGGGUUUUCACUGUCUGGCAAGUCCACACCAAUGCAGUCUCCAAGCCCUCUCUCUGCCGGCUUGUCUCGUCCUGCAUCGGGCUCAGGAAUAGGUCCAGCGUUGCGUCCGUUAUCCCAGGCAGCCCAAGAGAUCAUGGACAUCUGUAGUGUGGACCAGAUGGGCUGCGAGGACCCCGACCUGGACGCUGACACCACUGCACAUACACUCCACGAUCUGGAGCAGGAACUCAGGCUCAUGGCAAAUGCUCCAGGAGCAGAGCAGCAGGCUGUGGUGUUUGGUACGAGAGACAGAGAUAGUCCAAAUCAACAUGGAAAUCAUCGUUUCACACAGUGA